AUUUUAACGAUUACCUGGCCAUGUAAUAAGUUUGUCUUGGGUAAAUCUUGGCAACACCGGCUCUCGUUCUUUCCACAAUUGAUAUCCGGAAUGGCUGACACGCCGGCACCCGCGCCAAAGGCAAAAGCGCCUAAAACCAAGGCGCCAAAGGAGAAGGCCGCUAAGGCCGCCCCUGCGGCUCCCGCCGAGCCCCCGAAAGCGAUCCGUAAAGUGUCGUCCAAACCACGACAUGGCAGACUUUACGCCAAAGCUGUGUUCGCUGGCUACAAACGUGGUUUGAGAAACCAACACGAAAACACAGCACUUUUAAAGAUUGAAGGUGCACGUGACCGUGUCGACGCUAACUUCUAUGCCGGCAAACGUUGCGUGUAUGUGUACCGCGCAAAGAAGAGGACGCCUAUUGCUGGAGGACCCCGUGGCAAGAAGACCAAGCUGCGUGCCAUUUGGGGCAAGGUGACACGCCCCCAUGGCAACUCUGGUGGAGUUCGUGCACGCUUCAAGUCCAAUCUCCCUGCACAUGCUAUGGGACAUAGAAUAAGAGUGAUGCUGUAUCCUUCCAGGAUCUAAGAACCUCCUGUUAUUGUAAGAGUAAUAAAACCCAAAAAAACUA